AUGCUCCUCACCGUGAACAUUUUCCUACUUUUGCUCGCAAUUUCUACGCAAUCGGAAGUGACUUUUCAAGUCGAUUUGGUACCAAUUUGUGCGAAUGGCGCAUAUCCACCAAGUCCACCAUACGUGUCUCUGCUCGAAGCUGAUAAUAUAAGGGAUGACCUUGAAUACUCGACUUUCUGCCGUACGAGUUGCACUCUACUAACUCAUGACGAUUCCGACUGGAGCCCAAGCAUGGAAUUCUAUCUCAGGGUCAACUACACAUGCGGAGAAUCGGGAGAGCAAAGAGCGUGUUACUAUUUUGUUUCGACUCCAAAUGAUCGCUCUUUCUACAGCAAAGUGAAACUGAGUUUGGGAGAUCCGCUUGACCAGCAGUCUUCGAGCAAUGUCCAAUUCGACACGGUCGAUAAAUGUGAACAUUCGAACGGACGACGACGCAUGAAGAAGCUU